AUGGGAGUCCGCAACUCCAGACUCAGCAAGAAAAAGGUCGCCAUCCUAACAGCAAUGUGUAUUAUGGGAACAACACUCUUCGUUCUCAGCUGUACGUUCGAUGUGAUCCUGGACAAGAUCGAACACCUCAAAAUGAAGCAGAUGUUGGCUUUGACUCCCACAUCCUAUUCCUUCGGCUACUGGGAGACGCCCCCGGUGCCAGUCUACUUUCAGCUCUAUGUCUUCGACAUCGUCAACCCGAAUGUCCGACUUGGCGCCCCACCCAUGCUGGUAGAGAAAGGUCCCUACACGUACAGAAAUCUCAUACUCAAGAACUGCGUAAACGAAAUUUGUCCAGGGUUGCCCUUGGAGAAGUUCAACAUCACCUUCAACAAAAACAAUACAGUCACUUACCGUCAAAGACAGACGUUCAUCUUUCAACGUGACAGAUCUGUUGGAACUGAUAACGACACAUUCCUAACAGUAAACGCACCACUGUUUACGGUGGCCUCCCUUCUCCAGUACGAGUAUUCCAUAUUGAAGGAAGCUGUGGAGUUUCUGCUGAACGACCUGGGGGAGGACAUCUUUGUCAAUGUGUCUGUACACGACAUCUUCUGGGGUUACGAGGACAAGUUCCUGAAACUGGUGAAGGACGUCCUGGACACUUUCAACAUCACUUCUGAUCUCAUCACUGGGUCCUUUGGCUACUACAUGGGCCGUAAUGGCUCCGAUGACGGCCUGUAUACAGUUCACACGGGUACAGACGACCUCAGCUACUUUCUCGUCAUCGACAGGUGGAACAACAACAUGUCUCUGAACUAUUGGAGCACCUCAAUGGCCAACAUGAUUAACGGCACAGAUGGCUCACUCUUCCCGCCCUUUGUCACAACUGACCGCAUUCUUCAAAUGUACGACUCCAAUCUUAUCGGGGAUAGCUGCAAGCAUUUCUACCGUAAACUGUCUCACUUUGCGAUGACUCCCAGGUCUGUCGACAUGGUGUAUCGAGAAGACAGUUCCGUGUUGGGGAUUCCGACCAUGAAGUUUGUCGUGGACGACGAUCAGUUCGCCAACGCGUCCAUAAACCCCUGGAAUGCUGGCUUUUGUACACCUAAUACCAACUUCUGCAUCCCUCCGGUGUUCUUAACUGUAGCGCCAUGGGACACGGAGCCCCGCUGUACGUGUCUUUACCACACUUUCUGGGGGCCGACCAGUACUACUUCGACCGUGUAAAGUGGGCUGAGUCCUGACAGAGUGAAGCAUCAGCCUUAUUUUCACCUUCACCAGUUGACAGGCGUUGCCUGUCAGCAGGACGACGAUAUCAGCUGAAUAUCCAAAUAAAAAAUUACACAUUUCUGAGGAAGACCAGUAGUCUGAGCUUAGCCUAUGUACCGGUUUUAUGGAUUAACGGGCUGGCAGAAGUGGAUGAUACGAUCGCAGACAUGUUCAAGGACCAGAUCGAGACACCACUAGCCAUCGUGACUGCUCUGCAUUAUGCGUGUUACGGCUUCGGACCGCUGCUGGCCCUCGCGCCCCUGGUGUGGAUCCUCGGUAGACGAAUGCGCGCCAGAAGACAGAAGCAGAUGGUUCCAGCUUCUUUGAACACAACGCAACAGGAGAGAGUACCUCUACUAAAUGAUCAAGCUUAGCCAAUUUUCUUAAUGCCUUGUUUUAAAUAUUUCUCGUUUUUUACAUUCUGGAAUAAAUUCUUAUAUUAAAAGUGUUUUUAAAAA